GCCGUGCUUUAGCAACAUUUCCUAAGAUAAUAGAUUGGAUUAAUAUGGACGAUUAUUCAGUGCCUAUAUUGGCGAAUAGUUCAACAUUUAACCACAACAGCAACACUACUAACAUUAAUCACAACAAUAAUAAUAUUAACAGCAGCAACAACAAUAUCAAUAUGCAUCACCAUAAAGAUCAUAUGUUGGCAGCUGGUAGUACACCCAGUACUACAUCAUUUAUGUAUGAAUCAACAACACCCUCCAACAACUCCAAAGGAGAAAUGUCCAUGGCUAAAAGUGAUUAUAGUACUUUUACCACUUGUAUACAACAAUCUGCGCUACUGGAUCAUCGCCAUUCAGCCAUAGAUGCUAAUUUAGAUGCUGGUGUUUCUUUGGGUGCUUUAUGUGAUUUGAAAUUUUCCGGAGGCUCCAGCUCUAUAAUGGGAGGUGCUAAUUUAAUUAAUGAAACAAAUACAAAUUUUAAAGGUUUACCACCCUUAAUGGGGACUAUAGAAAGUAAUCAUAUAAUGAGUGGCCUACAGAAGCUGAAUACAACGGCGGGCGUUGUUAAUGCACCCACGUUUUCUAAUCUACUAUUUGCCAGAGAAGCUACACAGAACCUUAAUAAUACAAAUAACAACAAUAAUAAUGUGUCUGCAGUAAACAGUUCACAUUAUUUAACGCUGAAAGGUAAUGAAAUACAAAGCACUGCCGAAACCACAACACAAAACCAAACGCAUCACUAUUUACCAAAUACUAAUAUAACAGCCAGACAAAUGUCACCACCGAAUGAAAUUCUACAAAGAGUAACAACAGCCGAUACUCAUAAUCUAUUAGAUUAUGGCAUUGCCAGUUCAUCUUCCUCUGCAGCAGUUAACACAACUACUACAUCUUCAUCACUUACUUUACAUCAUAAUCUAAAUACUAACAGAGAGAGGGGAGUCAAUCACAGUGGCUUGGAAAGUGGUGUUAAUGCUCUCAAUGAAAAUCAUAUAACUACCACAACAGCUACAACAACAAAUGAUACAACACCACCCAACACUGCCAACAUCAACAACAACAACACACAUCAUCCAACACAACAGUUGCAGCAGCAACAGCAAAAUGCAACAACAACAGCCACCUCUACCACGACCAGUACAAGAUCAACACUCCACAGUAUUGAAGAAUUAGCGGCCAGUUCCUGUACACCCUCAUCCUCAACAACAGCUCCACUAAAUACUCUUGUAAAUAACAACAAUAACAAUGCAACAUCUUCAACAACAAUAACCCAAACAUCAGCUACAACAGUACCUUUAAUUAUAAACAAUAAUGAAACAGCUAAGCAGCAACAACAACAUCUUCCAGAAGCUACAAAAUCUGCUAAUAACCAGCAGCAAAAUCAAUUGUCUCAACAGCAAAUGACUCUGCAACAUCAACAUAAUCAGCAGCUUCAACAACAUCAUCACCAACAUCAGCAGCAGCAUCAACAACAUUUGCUUAAUUCUUCUACUUUGAGUAGUGAUAGCAAUGAUUCGAUUUCUUCAUCGGAUGAAUAUAUUGAUAUGGAAUUAAAUGAAAGAUCGGGUUAUCAGGAUACCACCUCCUCCCAUUCACAACAGAGCGCCAAUGGCGGCAAUGGUCCUUCCUCAAAUCAAACCACCUCCAAUCCCUCGGCUGGCGUCUCUCUAAUCAAUGGAGUCGUCACUCUUAAUUCAGCCCAAAAUUCUGCCCUUAUCGGUGGUAGUGGUAGUGGUGGUGGCAGUAAUAAUGGCGGCUCUUCGGCCUCUUCAGCCUCAGGCACUUAUAUGUCUCUGUUGCCACCAAAUGUUGGUGCCACCAGCUCUUCCACCGGCCACUUAGUGGGUGGUGUUAAUGCUUUGGGCGGUGCCGGCGGUGUUGGUGGUGGUGGUACCAGUGCCUCUGCCAGUGGUUCAACGCCUGAUGUUAUUGAUUUCAAACAUCUAUUCGAGGAACUGUGUCCUGUGUGUGGUGAUAAGGUUAGCGGCUAUCAUUAUGGUCUGCUGACGUGUGAAUCGUGUAAAGGUUUCUUUAAGCGUACAGUACAAAAUAAGAAAGUGUACACGUGUGUAGCGGAACGUUCGUGUCAUAUUGAUAAGACACAACGGAAGCGUUGUCCAUAUUGUCGUUUUCAAAAGUGUCUCGAGGUAGGCAUGAAACUAGAAGGUGAGUACCCACAGUUAUAAUUUUAUCAACAUUUUUAUUGUUAAACCUUAUUUGGCUCUAACUAUGGAACCAAUCCAUAUGGUUUUGUAAGAUCAGCGCUAUAGAAUAACGAUCACUAAAUUAGUUUUCUUUAGAAUUUAGUUUCCUUGAUCAGUUUUCUUUAGAAUAUCAAUUACUCAAUCUUUUUUCUUUUGAAUAUUAACCCUUUGAUCAGUUUUCUUUAGACUAAGAUGUCUCUCGAUCAAAUUUCUCUAAAAUACUACUCACGCAACAAGUUCUUUAAAGAAUAUUGAUCACUAGAUCAGUUUUCUAUAAUAGUGGAUCAAUUAGACAUUGUUCUUUAGAAAAGUGAUCGCUUGAUCACUUCAAACAACUAUUGAAUCAUCAUCAGUUUUCUUUCGAAUAAUUAUCAUUUCUUUUAUACAAUAGAAACCCCAGGAUCAGUUUUCCAUAGACAAGGAAUCGCUCGAUCAGAUUUUUAUAAAAUACUGCUCAUUCCUGUUUAGAGUAUUGAUCGCUCAAUCUGUUUUCUAUAGACUAGGGAUCGCAUUAUCAUUACUGUUCGAUCAGUUUUCUGUAGAACAGUUAUCGGUCUUCAGUUUUCUAAAAUAGACUAGAGUCAGGUCUAGCAUAUAGUUUAGACUAGA